AUGCCUCAUGCCCUACCCUGGGCUGAACUCGCUGUCGGACUGAACCAGGAAGACAUCGACCUACUUCUGGUGUCGUUUAAAAGCUUCAAAAUUGCAAAGAGCGACCAUGUUCCAUGCACGGUCUGCACCAACGCUACGUCCCACAACACGAGAAAGCGCCUGUUGCGCUGUGCAUGCGACGAGUGUAGGGCUGCAAUGCUGUAUGCUCGAUGCGAGUGGCGCGGAAAGCUGCUUAAAUGCGAGCAACAAGAUCUUCUUGAUCUCUCCAAGGUAGGCUCGCACGUAGUACACGCCGAUCGCCUCGGCCACCCCGCAUGA